UGCAGCCUUGGAGUCUGGACAUUGUUCUAGAGGAAGUGGAAGCACUGCUGAAAUAUUUAUGAACUCAAACAGAACUUAGUUGUCCUCCUUUCACCACCAGAUUUACCUGUCCUCUCUGAAGCCCUGUUCACUUACGGCCACCGCCAGGUAGCUGUGCCUUCCUUAGCCAGAAUCCUGGGUGAUAUCCUCUUUCCCUUUCUCUGUUUUCAACUAGUCACAAGUCUGAUAGCUUCUAUGGUCUAAAUGUCUCCAGUAACAUUUCUUCUUUCACAUGACCAACCACCACUACCCUUGUUCAAGAUCUCACAGUCUCUUAUCUGGAAUAUAUCAAGGGUUUCCCUGCUCCAGUUCUCCCCACAUCCAAGCCAUUCCUAUAGCAGCUGGUGUGAUCAGUCUAAAGUGGCGAUUACUCAUACCUCUCAACAGCUUAAAAACCCUAACUAGCUCCUCAGUACCCCUAAGAUAAAAGAAAAACUCCUUUAUAUAUGGCUUACAUCCUUUGUGAUUUGCUUGCUUAUUCUUCCAGGUUCAACUCAAGCCUAAUCUCCUCUAGAAGCCUGCCUUAAAUCACUUCUUCCCAGGGAGAGCCUUAACCUGUACUCUUAGGUGCCUGUGGCAACUGUCUGUCAUAGCCAGAUAGAGCUCUCUCUCCCAGGGGGCAGUGAGCUCUCCUAAGUAAGAACUUUGCUGUAUUUACUGGGCAUAGUGCCAGGCCUGUGGUGUCUAAGACCCAGGAUGACCUGACCCCAGCUCUGUAGCCCUCACUUCUGAAACCUUGGUUCCAGCCAUUUUGGGUGUCUUUUCUGCAUCAGUGUGUGUUGCACAGUGCAAGCCUCUGUGACUAUGAUCACUGCCUCCUUUCCUCCCCCCGUUUUGCCUAGAAGAUGCUUGUGUUUUUCUUCCCCAACAUACUCUCUUCUGCGCUUCCAAAGUUUUGUCUCUCAUAGCACUUCACACAUUCAAGCUUUUUGAGGGCAAGAACCUUGUUGGGUUUUUUUUCAUAUAACCUUCAUAUAAUUUUCUAGGUGCUAAAGACAUUUUUGAAUAAAUGAAUGGGUUGGAGUUAGGCUCCUUUGCAUCGUGCUGACUGCUUUCUGCACUCUAAAACACGAAAGGCAAAUACAGGUCUUUUCCUCAUCUUCAGGACCUCGAAGUCUGUGGUGCACACUGUAUUUUAAAGGAAUCAGUUUAAGUGUUCAGUUAUAUAGUAAUUCCUUAGCCAUCUUACUGGAGAGUUAUUAAGUCCCAAAUGCAGCCACGAAUGUCAUUUUGGUCACAGAGGCAUUGUUGGCUCCAUCCAACUGUGCUUAUUUUUUUAAAAAAUUUUCUGAAGAGAGGUCAAGAACAUGAUCUUGGGCUUCAGACAGUCUAGGUUCCAGAGCGGACUUUGCUACUUACUGGGUUUGGAAUUUUUAUACUUAGUUAUUUCACCAGAAAAUGGGGAUAACAUUACAGGCCAUAGAGUUACGAGAAUUCAACGAAACAAUGUAUGUUACUGUAUGGCUUACUAUAUGUCUCCAUUCCCCGGGUAGACACAGUCGCCAAAGGGAGCUCUUGCAAGGUAAAACUCUGUCAAAGGGGUGGAUUUUAGAUCCAGGAUGGUGAAGAUUUGGGUCCCAGUACCGUCUAGGCUGUAUUCCCUCUCUCGGGCCUCUCCCCACCCCGAUUCCUGGGCUACAGUCCAGCAGGAAUCCCUUCUCCUGGCCGGGCCCCAUUGGAGAUGUGAGGCUGUGAGCACAGUGAGGGGAACCUAGUGUGGGCGGAACUGGAAUGCAGCAGCGGGAGGCUUCUGGGGGAGCGGUAAGGGCGACGGGUCGGCGGAGGUAGAAAAGCGUCGGACGCCCGGCCGAUCAUGGACGCUUGACAACCUGCGGGCAGGCGCCGGGAGGCCGAGACAGCGACCUAAAGGACGGAGAGGCGGCGAAGACAGAUCUUAAGGCCAGAGAAUGGCAGGUGAACAGAAACCCUCAAGUAACCUCCUGGAACAGUUUAUUUUACUAGCCAAAGGCACUAGUGGCUCAGCCCUCACCGCCCUCAUAAGCCAAGUCUUGGAGGCGCCUGGAGUGUAUGUCUUUGGAGAGCUGCUGGAGCUGGCCAAUGUGCAGGAGCUGGCAGAAGGAGCUAACGCUGCUUACUUGCAGUUGCUGAACCUGUUUGCUUAUGGAACAUACCCAGAUUACAUAGCCAACAAGGAGAGCCUGCCAGAACUCAGCACGGCGCAGCAGAACAAGCUGAAACACCUUACCAUUGUGAGCCUGGCCUCAAGAAUGAAGUGUAUCCCCUACUCCGUGCUGCUGAAGGACCUGGAGAUGCGGAAUCUCCGGGAGUUGGAAGACCUCAUCAUCGAGGCUGUCUACACUGACAUCAUCCAGGGCAAGCUGGACCAGCGAAACCAGCUGCUGGAAGUGGAUUUCUGCAUUGGCCGUGACAUCCGAAAGAAGGACAUCAAUAAUAUCGUCAAGACCUUGCACGAGUGGUGUGAUGGCUGUGAAGCGGUUCUGCUGGGCAUCGAGCAGCAAGUUCUGAGAGCCAACCAGUACAAGGAGAACCACAGCCGAGCCCAGCAGCAGGUAGAGGCAGAGGUAACCAACAUUAAGAAGACUCUCAAAGCCACGGCGUCCUCCUCAGCUCAGGAGAUGGAGCAACAGCUGGCUGAGCGGGAGUGUCCCCCUCAUGCUGAGCAGAGGCAGCCCACCAAGAAGAUGUCCAAAGUGAAAGGUCUGGUCUCCAGCCGCCACUAGGGCCGGUUGGGGCAGCUGGCACUCACCAGGCCUGGGGCAGCUGGGGAGGGGACACCAACGGCCUAUUUCCUCCUCUCCCUACCUUCAGUGAGUUCCAGACCUGCCCGCCCCUCACCAGCGCCCCCCUGCCUGUUGGUACUGUUUCAGAGGAACCGUUACAUCCUUGCCCUGCCCACUCCCACCCACCCCAGUUGUUCCCUUCAGACUCAGGGGCUCCACUGAUGCCACCCCAGCAGGGUCAGAUACUGCCCAGCUGCCCUCCUGGAGGCUCUUGUCUCUGUUCAAGGGCUUGUCUCCCUCCCAGGUUUUUUUUUUCCCUCCAUGUCAUGUUGUCAGGCUGGUCAUAGCCAGAGGCAGCUUUAACUGGCCCACGGGGAUGACAGCGAAGGAGGCUCCUCUCUGAGUGGGGAUGGGCCCCCUGCAGCCCCAGGGUCACAGUGCCCGCACGGUGCAGGCCCUCUCUAGCCAGGCAGCCCAGCGCUUUGCUUCCCCCUCCGGCCGUGUCCCUCACUGGCAGUUCUGGUUGGAUCAGGCUGUGGAGGGAUGUGAUGCUGGGCCGUGUUUACUAAACCUGCGGGUUUCCAGCCUCUUAAGCCCAGCUCCGGUCUCUCGCUGGUUGGGCACGCUGGGUUGACUGACGCCCAGUGUCUGAGCACCAGUGGUGGGCUCUGUGGGCCUGCUCAGUGGCAGGAGCUUCGUCCAGCUUGGUGUUCUCCGCUGCCUCUGCCCACUCAGACUGGCUUCGGUGAGAAGGCCCCGGCUGCCCCUGGGGCUCUCUGCCAGCACUUGCUCCUCCAAGACCUUUAAUUACUCCUGGCUGCGUCCGUGCUGGGGAUGGUGGUGCCGAGGCCCCUCUCUCUGGGGAAGGACCUGUUGCUGCUUCCGUCCCUUUUGUCCCACUCCUCCUUGGCCGAUGACCCAGAGCCCUCUGAUGAUGGCAUUCUCCUGGCAAGAGGAAAGGACUUGACUAGCCUUUCUGAACUUGAACAGUUUCAGGUUAUAUUUUGAUUUUUUUUUUUGUACAGGUUCUGAUUCUAAUACAUUUCAACAUGCCUUUUU